UUGUUAUUUAAUUACAUGGAGUUUUAAAGACGCAAAAAACGUGGAUUAUGCAUGCAGUCAGCAAAAACAAGUAGAUUAUGCUAAAGAACGGAACAGAUCACCAGGAAUCUCAAAGUUGACGUUGUUUUUGGAACCAUGGUGAAAAGAGAGGAUGUAGUGGAUGGGCCAGGCUAUCAAAAUAAUAGACCUGAUUGCAGUGAUGAUGAACAAGAACAUAUAUUAGUGUACAGGGCAGAGAUCUAUCGUCGGGAAAGUUUCCAAAACUGGCGCUAUCAGUCUAUUGUAAAGAAAGAGGACCUGGCAAAGAAUGGCUUCUACUACUUAGGAGAGGGUGACAGGGUUCGUUGCGUCUUCUGUAAUGUUGUAUUGAGCUCUUGGCAGAAAGGAGAUAACGUAGCAACUGAGCAUAGACGACAUUCUAAGAACUGUCCCUUUGUGUUAGGAAAAAGGACAUCCAAUAUACCGUACUCUCCUAGUUCAGAUUGCCUAUCAAGUGUACAACCAGAAUAUCCGGAGUUUAAGGAUUACCUUAAGAGAUUGGAUACAUACAAAAACUACUGGCCAAAGGCAAUGAAACAGAGGCCAAAAGAACUAGCUGCUGCUGGGUUGUUUUACACGGAGAAGGGUGAUGCUGUGAAGUGCUUCCAGUGUGGAGGACUACUUCGUAAUUGGGAACCAGAGGACAAGCCUUGGGAGGAACAUGCAAGGUGGUUUCCUCGCUGUUUGUUCAUUCGAGAGAACAACCUGAUGUCACCUGUUCGAGAUCCACUUCAUCGAGAAUUUAGACAAAACAGAAUCCGCAAAGUUUCUUUGGGAUAUGAUGAGGAAUUGGUUCAAAUGUUUGAAAUGGACAGGCGAUCCCGGGGAUUGCCUGAGUGUGAAGAUGAAAAUACAUUUGUGGAAGAAAUAGAAAAGUUCAAAGUUCAACAGGAGACCCAGCCUCCCUCUCAGUCUUCAAACCCACCAAUCACUGAAGUGGAAUGGAAUUUUUAUUCUGAGGCAUCAGGUACUUCCAAUGAACCAAUGGGCUAUGAUGAAGUGGACUUUGGGACUCGAGCCUGUGUUGGUUGUAAAAGAACCGAAUCGUCAAACAGCCUCACAUUGCACCCUUGUCAGUGCACCUGUUGUGACAAAUGCCUGCUAGACCUGAACCAGUGUCCAUCCUGUAAAACAAAAAUCAGAGCUGGGGCAAAGAACCCCAAGCGAGCUGGAUAAAGGAGAUUUAAUGUAGACAGGAUAGUGACUGGUGUGUUAGGUACUGAAUGAAAUCAUAAAUGUCUUUAUAAAUAAUAACUGUGUUAAUGUUACAUAUUGGAAUGGCAUAAUGUCCAGAAGGACCAACAGGGAUGUGUCUAGUCAGCUUAAAUGAUGAUUACCUGUUUACAUUUACGAUUCAUACUUUUAAUUCAUUUAUCUUUUCAGACUUUUUAAAUACAUGUACAGUGUUUGAAACAUAUUGUAUACCACUUGAAGUUAUCCAUUUAUUCUUCUUCAAGAAAUUUUUCAAGUAUAAGCUAUAUUCAGCUAUUAUUUUAUUGAUUAUAUUUGAGAAGUAAUUGUUUAUAUCAGACUUAUACAAUGGAAGAGUAUUGUAAAAUGUGUUUUAUUUAGCUGGAAAUUCGUAACAACAAGACAUUACAGCAAAGUACCGGUAUUCAAACAUGUACAUGUAACUUAAAGGGAACGUUUGGUCAGAAUUUUAAUUUCUAUAAAUAAAACUGUUCCUCUCAUAUAAAAAGAAAAACUGCAUCUUAUAACAUUGCACUGCUGAUAACAGCAGUUAAAUUUGAUUUUGAUUGCUUAAUUGGAGCAGUAUGGGGAAAACCUUAUCAUGGCCGCUGCUGACAUAGUGGAGGCAGUUUAAAUACCAGAUGUUUAGAGUCAAUGCGUUUAUGACUGCAGAGAA